GGUAUUUUCCAUAUUGUUCGUAUCUCAAUCGCAAUGUAGUUUCAAGCACAAUCUUUCAAAGUUUGACUGGGGAAUUGAAGUGAGGAUGAAAACAGUGCCGCUUGGAAAAAGGAAGAGAAAAAAAUACCUUAUAAAAAUAUAUCAACCUGGGAUUUGUUCCGAGACAAAUUGUCUUCGUUCAAGAUUAGCAUUGAAGAAUAUUGGUGGAGAUAAUUGAGUAAAAUCUAUCAAUUUCAGCGAUUAAAAGGAUAAUGUAUUCAAUCGAUUUAGAUUUUUGUCGCUUGGAUUAGUUCUGCAGCCUUCUCCUGAGUCAUGCAGUUAGAAUUCCGAACAUUGAUAUUUGGAAUUGUAACACUGCUGGUCAUAUUUCUGAUCAUUGCUGAUAUUGCUGAAGUCCAGGAAGAAAUUGGAAAUGUAGCAGUGAAAGCCAAUCCUACACCUUUAGUCAAUGAAGGGGAGGACAAGAGUCCUGCUUCUCCUUCAGGCUCGAAAAAGGCCACCAGGCUCUCUUCAGAUAACUGGACCUUCAACAGAACCCUCUCCAGCCUCAUCAGGAAGAACAUCCUGAGGUUCUUUGACCCAGAGAGGGACAUCUCUAUUCUGAAGGGCACAUUGAAACCUGGAGAUGUCAUCCACUACGUCUUUGACCGUCAGAGCACUACCAACAUCUCAGAGAACCUGUACCGGUUGCUACCCACUGCAUCCCCCAUGAAGAACCAGCACCACAGACGCUGUGCCAUCGUAGGGAACUCUGGGAUCCUACUCAAUAGCAGCUGUGGGCCAGAGAUAGACUCCCAUGACUUUGUUAUCAGAUGUAACCUGGCGCCAGUGGAGGAGUAUGCUGGGGAUGUGGGGCGGCGCACCAACCUGGUGACCAUGAACCCGUCGGUGGUGCAGCGGGCCUUCCAUGACCUGGCCAGUGAGCAGUGGAGGGAGCGCUUCCUGCAGCGGCUCCGGGGCCUCAGCGGCAGCGUGCUGUGGAUCCCAGCCUUCAUGGCCAAGGGAGGAGAGGAGAGGGUGGAGUGGGCCAUCCGUCUCAUCCUGCUGCACACGGUGGAUGUGCACACCGCCUUCCCCUCACUGCGCCUUCUCCAUGCUGUCAGAGGGUAUUGGCUGACUAACAAUGUCCAGAUCAAGAGACCCACUACUGGUCUGUUGAUGUACACCAUGGCCACUCGCUUCUGUGAGGAGAUCCAUCUGUACGGCUUCUGGCCUUUCCCUCGGGAUUCACAGGGGAAACCAGUCAAGUACCAUUACUAUGACACUCUGACCUACGAGUACACAUCCCAUGCCAGUCCACACACUAUGCCUUUGGAGUUCAGGACACUGAGUUCACUCCACAGACAGGGGGCGCUGCGACUCAACACUGGCUCUUGUGAUGCAGGAAUGUAAUCUAAAAAAGCAGCAUGGAAUGUACACUGAGUAUACCAAACAUUUGGAACACCUUCCUAAUAUUGAGUCGCCCCCCCACACACACACUUCUGCCCUCAGAACUGCCUAAAUUCGUCCGGGCAUGGAUUCUACAAGGUGUCAAAAGCAUUCCACAGGGAUGCUGGCCCAUGUUGACUCCAAUGUUUCCUACAAAGUUGGCUGGAUGUCCUUUGGGUGGUGGACCAUUCUUGAUACACAAGGGAAACUGUUGAGUGUGGAAAACCCAGCAGGGUUGCAGUUCUUGACAUAAACCGGUGCCUACUACCAUACCCUGUUCAAAGGCCUUCUCUGACUGGCACACAUACACAAUCCGUGGCUCAAUUGUCUCAAGGCUUAUAAAUCCUUCUUUAACCUGUGUCCUCCCCUUCAUCUAUACUUAUUGAAGUGGAUUUACCAAGUGACAUCAAUAAGGGAUCAUAGCUUUCACCUGGAUUCACCUGGUCAGUCUGUCAUGGAAAGAGCAGGUGUUCUUAAUGUUUUGUAUACUCAGUGUAUAUCACCAUCAAAAUGACCUAUACACUUUUGGGAAAAGACCUCUCAAAGGAAAUAGUUUCAUUUUAUGAAACUGUUACAGGACACUUUUAUGAAGCUAUGAAUUGAGUUCAAUGACAGUAUGUAGGAUACUGCAUGUCUAAUUUGGGCUCAUAUUGUUGCCCUACAAGAGACAUGAGCAGUGAAUAAUUUUGAAAACAUGUUUACAGUACCCUGUGAAAAUGAUCUAAAACAGAAACUUGUUGCUUUGUUCAUUUUUAAAUCAAACUAAUUGGUGUUGGUAGGCAAAUUGCUUCUUUGUCAAUGAGAAGACUGAAAAUGUUAUUGCAUUUACAUGGCAUAUGUGUCAUCUAAAAUGAAUGUAAUUACAAAGUUUAUAAAUACUUCCUCCAAGGGCAUUGUGAAUGUGAAUUGAACUACUAAGUUAUCAAUAAUUCAUCCUGACAUUUGGUCAUUAUUCCUUUGAAUUAUACGAUAAAUCUACUUCAUCAGUACUGUUGGAGACAUCAUGUUAUAUCAUAUCAUAUUAGACAGAUUGAAGGCAGGAACACCAGUUUGCAGGGCACUGGUUGAACCACAAGAUGGAAGCACUUCUUCAUAGGGGAGCUAUAUGUAAUAUUAUUGCAUUGUAAUACAUUUAAAAAAUCCUUAAUAUAUCUACAGUAAUAGUGAAACGAUAGUCUUUAACAAUAUUUCCCCAAAAUGUUUUAUUGGGCUCACACAAAAUUGCAUUCUAAUGGUGCAGGCUUCUUAUUGAUUAGCAAAAGACGGACCGUCUCUUGUUGUCAAAUUGACUGGGGCCAGCAAAUCUCUUGUCAAUUCAACAACAGACCAGUGAAUUUGACAAGAGAUUUGCUGGCCCCAGUCAAUUUGACAAGAGACAGUUCAUUGUUGAGUUGUUACAUGUAGUACCUUUAAUUAGUGAACAUGGGUUCAACUACAUGCUAAUUUUCAUAUUUGUGAUGGUUUGUGAGCUCUCACUUUAAAUUCGGAAUUUGAUCAUUGAAGUAGUAGGUGUAGGCCUAGUUUCUUAUCUUGCCUUAACUUCCUCAUCAGGGAAACUGUGUUUGUGUUACAAGGACUGACAGAAUUGCAUUUCUUUCCUUCUGUUCUGUUUGGAGGUUGGUGUAUAAUGAGUCUUUGAAUAUAGUGUGUUCACUUAUGAAUGUUUUAAUUUAAUUUGAUUUGGAGAUAAGAGGUAACUGCACACAGAAAUCCCUGGAUAAAGCAUGAAUGGCUGAAAAUACAGAACAUUUGUAAUCAAAACAAAAACAAGAUAGUUUCAGCACCUUCACAGCUUAUUAAAUUGAUCCUACAGAUGAUCUACAGAGGCCACAGCAAGUGUUGUAGACAACUACCAGUUGCUUUGUGAGAGGACCCCCUUCAAGCCACAGGACUCGUCAUCCAGGGCAGACAUUGGCUAUUAUUAGUUUACCUUGGGUGCUCAGUCAAAGGCAGUGUAACGUAGUAAUGUUGAAAAGAGGCACUCAACUGGUAUGGAAAAAGUUUGAGAUAAUACAGUCCAACAGGGAACACACCCAGCUGUUUACACUGGAACAGCCAACAUCUUCAACAUUUUUCCCUGAGGUUUUGACAAUGACUUUUUUGGAAUGUGCCUCUUAAGACCAUUUCCAAAUAUAGGUGUGUUUAAGACCUUGGGUUGACAUUGGCUAAUGCUUUGCUGUUAUUCAGAAGGUUGUGGUUGUUUUACUAAAUGCCCCACUCAUCAAUAAGUAGGAAUCUGUUCCUGUGAAAAUGUUUUAUGUUGUCAACUGGACAUCAUAAUUGUCAGACAACUUGUUAUCAACAAAUAAUGUGAACAUUGUUUCUUAACAAAACUGGGGCUUGAGAUGGAAUGUGUAAAUAUUUUGCAGUCUGUUUAUAUGCACCUCUAGCUCAAGGGAGCUGUGUUAAAGAAAGUUAUAUUUAACUCUAAAAGUCGUUUCAAAGGUUUGGCAAGAUGUUCAGCACUGUAGAAAAUGUUUACUUCCACAGUGGGAACAUGCCUCUGUUAAUAGAAGUUAGUAGAAGUAUUUAAAAUAUUCGUAGUAUGGCCUACUCCAGGCGCAGCCUCUCAGCCUCUCACACUCGUGAUCUGUCUGCCAAAAAAAGUGUUGUUUUGAUAUGAUCCUUCUGUAGAAUUACAUGUUGCUCUUAUUACACUGACAAUUAAGUUAAACAUAGAUAUAGUCUUACUAUAGAUGUCAGAGGGCCAUCCAGAGUAAUAGACGCAUUUAUUCCUAAAAUAACUGCUGUAUUUUGCAAAAGUAGAAACGGUCUGUGACCAAUACAACUAAAUGAAUUACCCCUAAAACGGCCUUGGGAUCACAACUUGUUGGACAUACUGAAGAGCUGUUCACAUAUCCUUCUGUCAAAAUGUGAUCAUUAUGAUCUUUCUUUUAUAUUCUAUUUUAAGGUUUUCCCUUCUGAAGUCUAUAUAUGUCCUCUGAAACACAGUCAACUUUUUUGUUCAAAUUUCUUUGAUGCACAUUAUUGUGUUGGAUCUGAAAGUGCUUUUUGUUUUGGAAGGACACCAUACUAAAAUUCCCUUUGUAAAGCUGUUGAAAUAGGCUCAUUUCGUCAGGAAGGGUUCUUUCUAAUAAAGUUAAUCUAUAGUAUCACAGGAAUGGUUUAAAUGUUACAGAAAGGAGGAAAAGUUAACGGAAAGGUGUAUAACAUGGUGACUCCAAGAGAGGGAGGGUAAUGGUGACCUCCAAGAGAGGGAGAGUCCCAAGAGAGGGAGGGUAUUGUUGAUAUACAACCCUGACUUCAUAUGGAACUCCAUAAGCCAAAGGCUUAGCAAAGAUUUGUACAGACCAAGUACACAUUUGUCACA